AUGACACGUGCCGGCUUCAAGGGUAAGGUGCUCGGGAAGGAGCGCAAGCAGGCGCUGCUGGAGGCCCGCAAGAAGGCCGUUGCCUCGCGCAAGGCGCGUGACGACCGCCGCUGGAAGCGCGUGCUGGCGAAGAUGGACUCGGAGAAGCGCAAGAAGUACCACGGCGUUGGCAAUACCGCCGAGCACUCGCGCGUGCGUGGCUCCACUCGUGCCGCGCUGCGCAAGCAGACCGGCCGCAAGCCCGACAACGUCACCGUGGAGGCAACCAUCCACCUGGCGAAGCUGCUCAAGAAGAAGACCUUCCACAAGCGCGCGCCCAUCGCCAUCAAGCGCAUUAAGGCCUUCGUUGGCAAGCUGAUGAAGACGAAGGACAACCGCAUCGACGCCUCUCUGAACACGUACAUCUGGCACAAGGGC